UACAUUCUCUCCCCUUUCCGCGUCUCUCUUCCUCUCUUAGGUGUCUUCGAAAAUCUCUUCCCCUAUCUUUCUGCGCUUGGAGUUGGCCAAGUGAUGGAGUCACCCAGUAAUACUAAUCACCACGCCCUCGACGGAGACGUCAACGACGACGACAAGCCCCAACCUCUCACCGGCGACGGUGCCAGUCCCGGAAAGAUAUUCAUCGGGGGUUUAGCCAGAGAAACCACGAUUGGUCAAUUCAUCAAGCACUUCGGUAAAUACGGCGAGAUAACGGAUUCCGUCAUCAUGAAGGACCGUAAGACCGGCCAGCCUCGCGGUUUCGGCUUCAUAACCUACGCUGAUGCCUCUGUGGUUGAUAGUGUUAUUGAGGACACUCACAUUAUCAAUGGCAAGCAAGUUGAGAUUAAGCGGACGAUACCCCGAGGUGCUGUUGGCUCGAAUUCGAAGGACUUCAGAACGAAAAAGAUUUUUGUUGGUGGGAUUCCUUCGACUGUAACCGAAGACGAAUUUAGGGAUUUCUUUACACGCUAUGGAGAAGUCAAAGAUCACCAAAUAAUGCGGGACCACUCUACUAAUCGUUCACGUGGCUUUGGGUUUAUCACCUAUGACUCUGAAGAAGCUGUUGAUGAUCUCUUAUCCGUGGGAAACAAAAUUGAGUUUGCUGGAGCUCAGGUGGAAAUCAAGAAGGCAGAACCAAAGAAGCCUAAUCCACCAGCCCCAUCAUCCAAGCGCUAUAAUGACUCUCGUUCUUCAUAUGGUGGUGGAUACGGAGAUGCUUAUGACAGUGGAUUUGGUGGUAAUUUUGAUAUGGGUGGCUAUAGGUCAGGUGGUGCCUAUGGUGGUAGGGGAAGUGCUUAUGGUGGCUUUGGAAGUGAAUUUGCUGGGUAUGGUGGAUAUGCUGGUUCCUUGGGGCCUUAUAGAGGUGACCCUUCACUUGGGUAUGCUGGUCGAUAUGGUGGAGGUUUUGGCAGAGGUUAUGAUCUUGGUGGGUAUGGACCUAAUGAAGGUUAUGGGGCAUAUGGUGGUGGUGGCUCCUCUGGUAGCGCCUAUGGAAGCAACUAUGAUGCCAGCCUAGGGGGUGGAUAUGGGGGGCCAGGUGGAGGCUCUUUUUAUGGGACUAGAGGGGGAUAUAGUGGUGCAGGAACUGGUCGAUAUCAUCCUUAUGGAAGAUAGAAGUUUGUCAUCGAAGAAUUAUAGUCUAGGACUAAGAUGUCUAGCAUUAAAGCAAGUUUGUAGUUUGUUGUGUUUGGUUAUUCAGUUCUCUAGGCUACAUAUUUUCAUUUUCUGAAAAAAAAAAUCUGUCAAUGAUACUUUUAUUUACAAGUCCCUUUAGUUAUUAGCAGCACACUCUCGCCAGCUUUAGAAGACCAAACAUUUUUUUAGCUCGGCCCUCUGUUGAAGUCUGAUUAUCUGAUUGAUGUAUGAGCUAAAACAGUGCAGAUGGUUGUAUUCUUAGUUUUGUUCAUGGCUACAUUUUUCACUACUGCUCUUUAUGUUUAUUUAAUUUUGAUACACUUA